CGGGCCGCGCCUGCAGAGAGCGAGCUCCCCUCCGGUCGGCGACGCCAUGGAGCCCGGGGCGGCCGAGCUGUACGACCAGGCCCUGCUGGGCAUCCUGCAGCACGUGGGCAACGUCCAGGACUUCCUGCGCGUGCUCUUCGGCUUCCUCUACCGCAAGACCGACUUCUACCGCCUGCUGCGCCGCCCGUCCGACCGGAUGGGCUUCCCGCCCGGGGCCGCGCAGGCGCUGGUGCUGCAGGUGUUCCAGACCUUUGACCGAAUGGCUCGUCAGGAUGAUGAGAAGAGGAGGAAGGAGCUGGAGGAGAAGAUGAGGAAGAAGGAGGAGGCAGAGGCCACAAUGGCAGAGCAGGAGCCCGUCCCUGCCCCAGUUCUGGAGGUGGAGGUAAACUCCACCACGGACGCGGCCUCAGGUGGGCCGGUGGAGCCUCAAGGCCAGCAGGGUGCUGUGCCGGAGGUGGUCCUGGGCUCCCAGGAGGACGCAGAGCCACCGGGCUCCGACAUGGGUGCUGCCCAGGCCCGGAGGGAACCCCCGACUCUUCCCAAGAGGCAGGAGCAGUUCCAGAGAAACCCCGACAGCUACAACGGAGCUGUGCGUGAGAAUUACACCUGGUCGCAGGACUACACCGAUCUGGAGCUCAAGGUGCCGGUGCCCAAGCACGUGGUGAAGGGCAGGCAGGUCUCGGUGGCCCUCAGCAGCAGCUCCAUCCGGGUGGCCGUGCUGGAGGAGAGUGGGGAGCGGGUCCUCGUGGAAGGGAAGUUCACCCACAAGGUCAACACCGAGAGCUCUCUGUGGAGCCUGGAGCCUGGGAAGUGUGUUCUGGUGAGCCUGAACAAGGCGGGCGAGUACUGGUGGAGCGCCGUCCUGGAGGGCGAGGAGCACAUUGACAUCGACCAGAUCAACAAGGAGCGCUCCAUGGCCACCGUGGACGAGGAGGAGCACGCCGUGCUGGACAGGCUCACUUUCGACUACCACCAGAAGCUGCAGGGGAAGCCACAGAGCCACGAGCUGAAAGUCCAUGAGAUGCUGAAGAAGGGGUGGGACGCCGAAGGUUCUCCCUUCCGAGGCCAGCGGUUCGACCCGGCCAUGUUCAACAUCUCCCCGGGGGCUGUGCAGUUUCAGUGACCGAGAGGACGCCCUCGCCGUGGGGAGGCGGGGCCUGGCCAUGCCCCUCCUGCGGGGACCCGCUGUCGGAUGCCCUCCCUGUCCCUUCUUUCGAGGGCCAGCUGGCCUCCGCCCCGCCCUGCGUCUCCAGACUGUUCCGACCGGGCGGGGCGCAGGGAGGAGGGUGCUGAGAGCAGGGUGUGCGCAGGCGCAGCUCGGCCUGCUGUUC